UCACUUUCGAUCUUUCUGUCGAAUUUCAACAUGAUUAAUAAAUGCGUUGAUAACUGGAAGACCGUCAAAGUUACGGUUAAUAGAGUUUGAAAUUAAUUCAUUGAGAUAACAAAAUGAUCAUCUUCCCCAAAAAAUUAUUCACGAAAACAAUAAUAUUCAAACGAAGAAUUCACGACUGCCACGAUCGUACCUGUCAAGUACAGUAACGGACGCAAAUUGUUCUUACCGAGGUUCCAACCCUGAUGGUCAAGUGCCGGUCUCUGUAAUUUUUCUACAGUUUAUCAGUCAAGACGGGACAAUGUAUAAACAAAAAUAAAAAUUUAACUUUUACAGGUUUUUACCACAAUCUGACAUCGGUAUUCGAAUAUCCAAGCGAAUGCGCUUUUUUGAAUUAUAUGUUGAAUUUGCGAUGAAACUUUUUCAUCUGAUAUUCUACUGCCUCUGCCAAUACGCGAUUUACGCGAGGAACAAUGUUAUUGACGAAAUCAUUCCUUCAAAAACUCUGGUCUGGGGCCCUGGUCUCUAUCCUGACAAAAUUGUGAUGCGAGCUCGUUACAUAUUCUUACAGCUACGGGAUCAGAAUGAGAAGAACUCAUCAAUAUCUGCAGGAGAAGAAGUUAUAUCUGCCCAGAUCCAAGGGGAAACUCUUACCGGAAGCCCGUGUCAUAUUUGGAAACAAAUUUUAGAUCGUAAGGAUGGGAGUUUUAUUGUACGAUACAAGCUUUACCAGACAUGCAUGAAUCUUCAAAUUGUAAUCAGGGUAAAAAACGAAGAUGUGCCUGCAUCGCCAUUAAUUUUUGCUGGCCCUGUGUAUGAGGAAGAAUGUUAUUGCCCAAAUGAGGAUAUCAAUGAUUGGUUAGAGAAAAAUCAAUGCCCGCUUAACUACAGUCAAAUACAGGCAGAUCUACAACCUUUUUUCAGUUUAGAUUUCGACGCAAUUAGAAAAGAUAUUAUAAAAAAGUUUGAUCGCCCUUAUAGCGUCAGUAUAUGUCAUUACGUUGUUAAACUAAACAAGAUUUACAGACAAUGCUAUGGACAACAUGUUGGCUUCAAGACAUUUAUGGAUGCAAUUUUAUUGUCCUUGGCAAGAAAAUUUGUCAUACCUGACAUAGAGCUCUUUGUCAAUCUGGGUGAUUGGCCUCUAGUUUCAAACACUGAAAAAACUUACCCCAUUUUCUCAUGGUGUGGAUCUGAUGACUCCAAAGACAUAGCUAUGCCUUCUUACGACCUGACUGAAUCAACCCUAGAGAAUAUGGGGAGGGUGAUGCUAGACAUGCUAUCUGUACAGGGUAAUACAAAGUUACCAUGGCUUGCUAAGGUAGAAAAAGCGUUUUGGCGCGGUCGUGAUUCUUGUCGAGAACGGCUGGAUUUGAUAGAUAUAGCUCGAAAACAUCCCGAUUUGAUAAACGCGUCCAUUACAAAUUUUUUCUUUUUCAAGAAUGAAAUUGAUAAGUACGGACCAAGGGAAAAUCACACUUCCUUUUUCAAUUUUUUUGAUUACAAAUAUCAAUUGAAUAUCGACGGCUCAGUGGCAGCUUACAGAUUCCCUUAUCUCCUUGCUGGUGACUCCUUGGUAUUCAAACAGGAAUCAAAGUACUACGAAUUUUUUUACAAGCAACUCCGACCAUAUGAACAUUAUAUUCCGAUUAAAAAGGACCUGACAGAUCUUGUAGAGAAAAUAAGAUGGGCAAAACAACAUGACAAUAUUGCAUACAAAGUAUCUCGCAAUGGACAAUUAUUUGCCAGAGAUAAUUUGAUGCCACAAAACAUAUUUUGCUAUCAUGCUGUUUUGUUCAAGGAAUGGAGUAAUCGUCUAAAAAGUAAAGUAGUUCGACUGGCUGGUAUGGAAGAGGUACCGCAACCUGAGAGUUCUUGUAAAUGUCAUCGAAUAAAUGCGAUGGGCUCUAAAGAAGAGCUUUAGCAGUUUUAUCAUCUUAAAACAUGGAGUGAUCAUUAGGCAUUUAUUCAAUAUAAAAAUUAUGCAGGGAAAAGUGCUUCAUGAAUUUUUCGUCUAAAAAAGUAUUGCCAAACUUUGAUAUAUGAUGCCAAAUUUUACAACUGAAGUCGUCAGUAGGUCCCACUUCGAAAUGGUCCAUAUUCUAGCUUAUUUUUAAUUCAACUUGAAGAUUUUCAUUAUAUUUUUUUUUUGUUACGUUAAAGUGAUAUAGUGGUCCCAUAGAUGUAAAGGGCAUCAUUUUCGUAAUUCGAUUAAAGAUGUCAAUGUCUGAAUAGGCUCAAGAGAUUUUUCGAAUGUCUAAAUUGAGUUUGUACUUCAAAAUGUGUACCAAAAAUUUAAACCUACUUUUGCAUUUAUUAAAAAUAUGCUUAUUCAAUUCACACAAAUAGAUUGGGUCUUUAUGAUUCCUAGUGGCACAUCAUUUUUCGAACUAAAAGCGCGAGAGCUAUAAAAUUAAUUUCGGAAAGGAUAAUUUUGUUUAAUGCUGACUUUUUAUUAUUAAGAGUUUGAUCGUUACAAAGUUUUAACAGUAACGUUUUUAUAUUUAAUUGUCGUAGAACCUCGAUUAUCCGAGCUAUUUUGAACCUAAUUUACGUGAAAUAAUCGAAGAACGCGAAUUAUACGAUAAAGAAAUAACGGUACGUUUCAGCAAAUCUUAUUACAACCCCAAGACGAGCUCAAAUAAUCCCGAAUUAGAGGGAUGUAGGCUCGGAUAAUCGAGAUUGUACUGUAAUUAAUAUUUAAUACUAAUGUGCUUGCCAUUACUUAUCAUAUGUAUUUUACACUAAUGUAAUAUGGAUAAUACAUAAAAAAUGUUGAAAUCUUUUGAAUAA